AUGGCCCACCAAACGCAGCGUCGACUCCUCAUCGUCGCCGCCGUCCUGUUCCUCAUCGUCAGCUCCUACCUGUGCGUAACGCGCCUCUACACCACGCCGUUUGCCAGCGAGGCCAAGGACGACAAGAAACCACCGUUCCCAGUGCUUCCUCAAAAGCCCGUCCACGUCCAGCUCACCGACGCCGACCUGCCCAUGACAUACGGCUCGUUCCGCCGCCCCAGCAUGGAUGGCCUCACGCUCAUGGCGAGCUUGCCCGACGAGCUCGUGCCCACGUUUGAGAACAAGCGCCGGCUGGUGAUUGUCGGCGACAUCCACGGCAUGGACGCCGCGCUGGAGACGCUGCUGAAAAAGGUCGACUUCGACGCCAAGCGGGAUCACCUCAUUGCGACGGGCGACAUGAUCAACAAGGGCCCCGACUCGCCCGGCGUUGUCUCACGGCUGAUGCGCCUCAACGCCAGCGCCGUGCGCGGCAACCACGAAGACCGUGUGCUGCUCUCCCUGGCCGAGGCCGAGGCCCAGACGGGCGUCAGCAAGGACCUCUCGUCUGCCGACGCCGAAUCCCACCGUGGCGAGUCCGAGUUCCUGGCCACGGGCCGCAAGCUGAGCAAGGAGCACGUCCAGUGGCUGCUCAAGCUGCCCGUCAUCCUCUCCGUCGAGCCGCUGCGCAUGUUCAUUGCCCACGCCGGCCUCGUCCCUGGCGUGCGGCCGGAGCUGCAGGAUCCCUGGGCCGUCAUGAACAUGCGCACCCUCAUCUACCCCCGCGAAGAACUGCGCAAGAACGAGAAGAAGAAGAAAUCCAAAGCAAAGCGCGACUCAGACGACACCUCAGACGAAGCACCGCAAUCACCCUCCCCCACCGACCAACCAUCCGACAACAGCGAACCUGAGAAAGAAGAAGCAGAAGAAGAAGGCGAGACACUCGAGUCGAUCGAGCAAAAGGACGCCUACACAGACCGCGAGAUCGCCAUCCCCGUCGAAGGCCGCGACGGCGAGAAGUGGGCCCACGCAUGGAACCGCUUCCAGAAGCGCCUCAAGAAGUCGCACCGCUACACCGUCGUCUACGGCCACGACGCGAAGAGGGGGUUCCGCCAGGAGCGCUACACGUUUGGCCUCGACUCGGGCUGCGUCAGGGGCGGUGCCCUGACGGCGCUCGUGGUCGAGGGCAAGGAGGGCGGUAAGGGGUUUACGCAUACGGUGAUGCAGGUGCACUGCAAGGAUAUGAAAUCUUGA